UACAUCAGUAAUAUUUACUGCGAAACUGUUACGGGUAGCUGUCAAAAGGGAAGGAAAAUGAAAAUUAUCCGCUACUUUUUCGUUUUCCUGUUUGUACUUAAAAGCACAUUCGCAUUUUCCAAACAAGGGUUAUGGGAAAAUGUUCCAUUUCCACAGAACAAGGGCUAUAUGCUGUUUACAAAGAGUAUGUACAAGAACACAAUUGUUUCCUUAAAAAUUGACUGUUCGUCAGAGACAUCACCAACAAAAAUCAAGAUAGACUGGUUGUUGCGGUAUACACCAUGCGCUCAGGAGUUUCAGUCUAUAGAAGGCCUAAAGGGAGAGGCGACAGCUGUUAAUAUGAUGAUGACGGAAGGGAAGCCUCAGCUGUUGUUUCCGGACUUCAAUUAUGAUACUAUAGAGUACAUUACUGACAAAGACAAUAUACAAAUAUGUGAUGGUUCAACAAUCUUUUUAGACCCUAAAAUCAAAAUUACCAAGGACAAAAUAGAAAAGGUGCCUGAAAAGACUGAAAAAGCGAAAGCAACCACCACAGAGAAGGCAAAAGAAACUGGGAAAAAAGAUACAGCAGCUCCAGCAAGACGUAAACGUGAAGAAACAGAUACGACUGAUAAAACACCUGCAUCAACAACAGGAACAACAACUCCAUCUGAGACAGAAGCAGUGACAACAAAUGUAUCAAAGAGUUUGAAACAAGAUCAAGAAGUAGAUCACCCAAGCCUUGCCAAAGUUUGGAAAUCUGGUUACUAUGCUUUUAUUGUAAGGAUAUCAGCAUUGAACACAGAUGAAAAGUUUGAUGCCAAAUUGACUGUUGCUAUGAAAGGGAAAGUUGGAUAUAUCUCGGCAGUAGAUUGGCCGCUACUCAUUUUUUAUGGUGUGAUGGGCCUAGUGUAUAUUAUUUAUGGACUAGUAUGGUUGGUAUUGUUAGCAUGUAAUUGGAGAGAUUUGAUGAGACUGCAGUACUGGGUUGGCGGUGUCAUUGUCCUAGGAAUGUUGGAGAAAGCUGUGUUUUAUGCUGACUACCAGAAUAUAGCAAACAAUGGCAAGUCGGUGACAGAGGGCACUGUGAUAUUUGCUGAGGUUGUUUCUUCAUUGAAGAGGGCUUUAGCCAGAAUGCUUGUCAUUAUUGUCAGUGUGGGCUUUGGUAUUGUCAAACCAAGAUUAGGCCCAACAUUCCAUAAAGUAUUGUUUGUUGGUGGUCUCUACUUUAUCCUAGCAACAGUAGAGGGCAGCAUGAGAACACUCAAGCCUAAAGGAGAUCAGUCAACAGAUCUGAUGUUGGCUGCAGUACCUCUAGCUGUUGUUGAUGCGUCUAUUUGUUGGUGGAUAUUCUCAAGUCUAGUGCAGACAACUAGACAGCUGCGUCUCAGGCGAAAUGUUGUCAAACUUACACUCUAUAGGCACUUCACUAAUACUCUUAUCUUUGCAGUAUUAGCGUCAAUCAUAUUUAUGAUAUGGUCAAUUAUACAGAUAAAGAUGAAGACAUGCUUGAGGGCUUGGAGAGAGAUCUGGUUGGAUGAGGCCUACUGGCAUUUGUUAUUCUCAAUUAUACUGGCAAUUAUUAUGAUUUUAUGGAGACCUUCUUCCAACAACCAAAGGUAUGCAUUUUCACCUUUGAUUGAUGCUGCGGAUGAUGAGGAUGAGGAGGAUGAGUCAGUUCUCAAUGAUGCCUUUGCUGGUAUGAAAAAUAGAACCAAGCAGGCAAAUGGAUCUCCAAAACAAAAACAAAACUCUAUUGAGGAUGAUUUGAAGUGGGUUGAAGAAAAUAUUCCAUCAACUUUAUCAGACAAAGCGCAGACAUUGAUUGAAUCUGAUGAGGAAAUCAUGACAGUGAAAUACGAAAUGUCAAAGAUGCAAUAACCUUGUGUGGGAUCCUUUAACAUUGACUGUGAUUUCUGUAUAUAUUAUCUAUGGACUCGGUCUGUACUACCACAGUUGUACAUGUUGGAUUUUCCUGUAUGACUGGUAGUUAGGGACUCAUUCUACAUCCAUAAUGUUCUUCUAGCUUGGGUUGACACAUUUUAAGUUGGAUUUUUGGUUCUGGACAAGCUUUUAGUUACAGCCAAAUUAUGAGAUAAAUAAAGAUGCUUCUUAGGAAAUGUUGAGAAAAGUGUUGAAGUUUUUAUAUACAUUCUGUUUUAAGACUUUAUUGUAGAAUUUUCUUGUAUGUAUUUUGCAUCUGUGUUUAGUUUUUUUGUUGUUGAAAGAAAUUUGUAUGAGACAUACUUACACUGUAUAAAUUUGUAUGAUAUUGUGCUCAACCUGAACUAGUCUGAUAUAUGGGAAAGGUUGUGUUGAAUCAGGAGUUUGACCGUCUUUAAACCAUAUAUUUUAUAGCUUCAAGCAAUGACAUACCAUAUUUAUUCCAUUAAACACCUUACUUCUCUGAAGCAGUUUAAGCAAAUGGUUGAAAAGCUGAUCUUUCAGACAUUUCUUGAACAGCAUAAUGUGUUUAUCUUUAUUUAAUGAAAUUUUUAUGGAUGGAAAAAGUAAAAAAAGCAAUUGAAAAAAGCACCCACUUCACACAGUCCUUGUUUCCAUCUUUUUGCCAACUCGUGCCUGAUGUAAAGUGUAGAGGGGCAUUCUACAUGACUUCCUUCUUCCUGGGAAGUUGCACUGUGACCUGAACUGUCCUGAUCAACGAAUCAGUAUUGUCCUGAUCUUCAUUUGUAUGGUGCUUAGUAGGAUAAAUGUGGUGGUCUGAAGCCGUGGGAUCAAUUCAGGUGCUUCAGUUAAUCCUUAUGGGAAUAUAGAAGACUAUUCUGUUAUCUAUUUUACAUUUUUGAUGUAUGUUGUACUGGGGUAAGCAGUGAAUUUCAUUGUGUGAAUGUAUACCUCCAUGUAUUAAAUGUCACAUAAAUUUCUGUUGGGGGGAAACUGAAUUUUUGUUUUUCAUGUGUAAUUCACGAAUCUUAUUUAUGCUUGUGGAAUAUGUUAUAAUCCUCUGUUCAUAAUAAGAGAUAAAUAUGUAUAGUCACACUUUAUGUCAAGUGCCAACACGGGCUGUUCUAUUGUAGUUGGUCUUAAUUCACAGGUAAACUGCUUGGCAGUUGUUGGAAAUUAAACAAAUGGUCUUCAGAAGUAUUGUGGUUACUGUAUAUUGGUGGUGUUAAUCACAGGGUUGACUGUAUUUGUUCUUUCAUAUGUACACAUUUCAUUAUUUUGUUGAUCUUCAAAUAUCAUUGUAAACAAUAAAUUAUAAUUACUUUGAUGUUUCUGUAUAAACUUAGGUAUACAAAAUGAUCAGGUUGUUAAAAAAUCCUGCAGUUUCUGGUUAACGUUUUAGCCCACCUGAGCACGAAAUGCUUUGGUCAAGCUAUUUUGAUCACUCUCUGUCCGUCUGUAUUCUGUCUGUCGUCCUUCCAUUUGCGCUUUUUUAGAGAUGAUCAGAAUUGCACCAAAGUAAGCUGGUAGCAUCCUGGCAUAGUCCAAAGCCUGUUUAAAUGUUUUAGCUUGGCCUCUUUAAGCGUCCGCCAGAGCUAAAAAUAGAAAAAAAACACCUUUCAGUGACUUCUUUUCGUGAACUGCUUAAUGGAUUUUCAUCAAACUUGGUCUGUAGCAUCAUUAUAUGGUCCUCCAAAAUGUUUUUCAUUGUGGAUGCUUGGCCCAUUUAAUAUAUUUCAAAGUAUACUUGAUAAGGGAAACAAAUUGCACCAAUCAUGUUUUGAGUGUGUUUUAUAAGGUUUGAAGCAGAAAGAGGGUGGUAUUUCAAAGCAGCUUGUAGUGCAUGGGAUCUAUGUCCAUUGCUCCCAGAUCAAGGCUUCACUUGAAUUUCAAAGAUUUAUUAUGGUGCCUGUGACUAAGGUCUAGCUUAAAGGUCAUGGUUACAUAGAUCAGAUGUUUACAGACUAGACCAUGACUCUGUUGUUGGUGAAAAGUUUUGGUACAAAUAGCAUUUCCACUCCGUAUCUUAAGUUACUUGGCAAUUACAUUUCACUAAAGCAUGAAAUGUGGUAUACAACAUAAUGUUAAUUGUUCAAGACAUUUUCCUAAGAGUCCAUUAGGUUCUGUGGUUCUUCCAAUGAUUUGGAAAGACAUUCUUGUUUAUGCUAGCAUUGCAUGACUGCUGUCGAGUACAUUGUCUGAUUGAGUAUGGAUUGGGAACCAUUACUUUAGUACUUCCAUAAUUUGAAAGAUAAUUGACAGUUCUGCUCAACUCAUUAGCAUUUAUAGCUUGUAAUGAUUAAUGUUGAGGUGAUACAUUGAUACCACCUAUGUUUCAUGAAUGGAAACAUUAUGGAGUCAUUCAUGACAGAAUAACUGGUAUACAUGUAACAAUGUCAUGUCCUAUUUUUUUACAAUUGUGAAGUGCAAAUUAAUGUAUAUGCAUUAAUAGCGCAUUUUAAUUAAGUUAGCAUAAUUUGGUUAAUGCUUCUUAAAAGCAGUAUUGAACUUACAAAUGAAUGUUAAUCAUUUUAUUAAAAGUAUAUUUGAAAACAUUAAAAGAUAUUUUACAAUUGUGAAUAUGAACAGAUCCCUGCAUCAAGAGAUGCUGUUGUAAUAUGCAUAUUUAAAGGGAUGACAUAAAGUAGGUGAUGGAUUCAAGCACCUGCUAGUCCUUGAUUUGACUCUCAGUAUCACAGACUUAGUGACAACAUUAUUUGGAUAAAUCGCUGGAAAGCAGGGUUAUACCAAUAUUUCCGAGACAGUAUUUUCUGCUCGCUAAUAUACACACAAGAUCAGUGUCAUUGUACAAACUGUUGCUGGGUCGUUAGUGAUUUAGUACAUACAACACCUUGAUACACUUCCAUCCAGGAUAAUUAGACAUUCAACAAAAGCGUCUUUAGAAUACAGUGCAUUUGCGAUGCUACGAAUCACAAUUUAACGAAAUACCGGUAUACUACGAAAAGGUGUUGUGACCCUGGCUGCUUUCCAUCUUAUUUCAAUGUAACAAAGUUGCGGUUUGACGAAAAUGCAAUUUUACGAAAAAUGCGCUCCUACGAAUGUAUUGUUAUGCCCUUAAAGCCUGUUUUCAACUUGUUUAUCCCCCCGCCAAAGGCGAAGGGGAUAUUAGAAAUGCUCUCCGUCCGUGCGUGCGUGAGUGCGUCCGCAACGAUCUUUGUCCGGAGCAUAACUCCAAAAGUACUGGAGGGAUUUUCUUCAAACUUCAUACACUGAUAGAACACAUUGGGAGGAAGUGCAGUGUGCAAGAACAAUAACUCUACCUUGCCUAUUUUUUGAGUUAUUCCCCUUUAUCUUAUUUUCUUAAAAAAUUUUGUCCGGAGCAUAACUCCAAAAGUACUGGAGGGAUUUUCUUCAGACUUCAUACACUGAUAGAACACAUUGGGAGGAAGUGCAAUGUGCAAGAACAAUAACUCUACCUUGCCUAUUUUUUGAGUUAUUCCCCUUUAUCUUAUUUUCUUAAAAAGUUUGUCCGGAGCAUAACUCCAAAAGUACUGGAGGGAUUUUCUUCAAACUUCAUACACUGAUAGAACACAUUGGGAGAAAGUGCAGUGUGCAAGAACAAUAACUCUGCCUUGCCUAUUUUUUGAGUUAUUCCCCUUUAUCAUAUUUUCUUAAAAAAAAUUUGUCCGGAGCAUUUCUUCUUCAUGCAUAGAGGGAUUUUGAUAUAACUUGGCACAGAUGUUCACCACCACGAGACAGAAUGUCAUGCGCAAGAUCCAGGUCCCUAGGUCUAAGGUCAAGGUCACACUUAGAGGCCAAAGGUCAGAUACAAGAAUGACAUUGUCCGAAGCAUUUCUUCUUCAUGCAUGGAGGGAUUUUGAUGUAACUUGGCACAAUUAUACACCAUCAUGAGACGAAGUGUCAUGCGCAGUUCCCUUCUUUAGAAUUACUUCCCUUUGUUGUUACUUUAAAUAGCUUUUAUUGUAACUUUUUCAUUACUAGUCGUAGGGAAAAAUCGAGACCACUUUUCUGUAGUACAACAUGCAUGCUACAUCCAAUUUUGAGGUGUAUUUUGACCAAUCUCUACCUGGUAAAGAUUUUUUUGUGGACUUGCAAUUUUUUUUUUUUUUUUUUUUUUUUUUUUUAAGAUUAACUUCCCUUAGUUGUUACUAUAAAUAACUUAUAUUGUAACAUUUUUAUAAUUGACCGUAGGGAAAAAACAAGACCACUUUUCUGUGGUACAACAUGGAUGUUACUUUCCAAUUUUACGUGUAUUUUAAGAUAUCUCUACCUGGUAAGGAGUUUUUUGUGGACUUAGAAAAACAAAAGACUUACAAUGAUUACUAAACAACCACAAAAUUAAAAUUCCAUUUGCAAAUACAGCUGCAAGAGUAAAGAAAUUUGCUGUGACGGGCAUAUAUUGUGACAUUCUGGCACUCGUAUUCCCUGUUAGCUUUCCAUUCCUUCUUUUUACAGUAGCCAUAUAGAAAAACAUCAUAGCUGUACUGUUCAUGAAAAUUAAUAAAAUUUAGCAGUAAACCACCUCACCACUGACUUAUUCUUUCUUCCACAUCUUUAAAACCCCUGAUGCGGACCACAACUAAAUGGUUCUUCAAAGCUUUCCCCAAAAUUAAUACUUUCAGACACUAACUUGCCAGGAACUUUAGCCUUCAGUUAUAACAUGCCCGGCGGGGGGAUUGGCCAUGUCUAACAUGGCUCUUGUUUUAGUUGCGAUUUUAUGAAUACCUGUAUCAUCUAAGUUUUCACACCUUCCAUAACGGCGUGAAAACGCUUUAGAGUGCAAAGUGUCACUAUCAUUUAGCUGGGUGUAAACAGUAAUUAAAGUAUGAAAACCUAGUAAUUAAAUUCGAAACACAUAUGCUGUACACUAUGACACAAGUUAGUGGUUAAUUUUUUCUCCUAUAAUUACAGUACAAUCGCGAUCCUACGAAAAGCAAAGGGACCGGCCUUUUUUUUAACGUAAUAUCGCAUUUUCGUUCGAGCGUAGCAUAGGAAAUUUCGCUAUACAGCACCUUAAUAUCUACACGUCGUAACCCGUGAUAUUUAAACAUGUGAUUUUCAUAUCGGAGUACAUGUAUACCAAUUUUAUAUGUACAUCUUGUUUACUACAAAUCUUAUUUGAAUCUGAACUCGGAUGGUAUCUAGAAUGUAAAACGGGUUUGUUUUUUCUUCUUCACUUUUUAUUCACUGUACAUAAAACAUAUACAUGGUACAUUGUUGCACGAGAACAAAAAUUGCAAUUGCUUAUUUCAAUAACCUCAACUACCCUUUAUUGUUUCGGAAUAAUAAAAUGACAAUAUACAGACCAUCAGGACUUAAAUAUUUUUUUUAAAUUAUUUUCUUUAUACAGCAAUUGAUUAAGACAUAUAGAUAUCGUAGCAAGUGUGACUGGUAUGCCAUCCGAUCUGAUAGUUAUAAUUUCUCCCCAAGAAGAAAUUGUCUAAAAUUUGUAGAGAAGAUAAAAUUGUGCAGUUCCUACAUGACAUACAUGUACCUGCACCAACUGCAAGGGACAUCCAUUAUAAUAUAGAGCAUUAUACAAGAAGUAUAUUGUUUCUCAGAAUUAUAAAUAUGUUACUAAGUUAAUUGUAUUAUGCAUUAUGCAUUUUAAUAGACACUUUUAUUACAGUAAUUAUGACUAUAUAAUUUAGUAUAUUUAUGAGGUUUCAUUAGGGUGAAAAGUUUAACAUGUGGGCACAUACAUAUUUUCAUAGGUGACUUAUGAAUGACAUUCAUGAAUUUAUUGCACUUUAAUGGUUUCAGAUGUAUGUCACUGAAUACAGUCAAUUGAUGCAUCCCAGAUAGAAAAAUUGCUUCUUUCAUUAGUGCAGUACUGUAUCAUUUAUAUCUCUAUUAAUACCUACAGUUACCAUACAUAUUAUUUAGUUAAGCGUACUAUAGAAGUUCAUAUCAUGCCUUAGUCAUUUGAUUUUACGAGGGUAAAUUUUUCUGCGUACAUACACAUCACACAAAAUAAUCAGUCUAGAAGACGGUGCAUGAUAAACAUAAUUAAGCAAAUUGAUUGGAAAUUAAGGGUUAAUACUGUGACUUUGAUUUUAGCCAGGAAGUUUUUAGCCUAUUCAAAAUUUUUCAAGGAGUAAAGCUUUUGUCAGCAUCCAAGUCGGCAACAAUAGUCUUGCAUAUAAGUAGGUUUCUCUAAAACUGGUAGGCCAAAUGCAUUCAAAUUUAACAUGUUUCACUGGUAUCAUGAGAUUAUCUCAAAGGACAAGUUACAAACUGUAGCUUUUAAUUUGCCAAAAUCGUGUCCCUUUGUAACGUAAUUUUGAAUAGAAUUUUACAUGUAAGCAGCUUUCUCAAAAGUCAUUUGCCAAAUGCUUUCAAACUUCACACAUAUCUUCUGCAUCAUGAGAUGACCUCACAGUGCAAGUUAUAUCUCUCCUAGCUUUUAUUUUGUUAAAAUUUUGUCAUUUUCAUACACUGAAAAGAACAUACUAGGUGAUACACAGGUCAUUUGUAUCUCUGUGUGUUUGCAGUUUCAUUUCAUUUCAUUGAUUUCAAUAUGCUUUGACAGCUGAUCCCCAAACUUGAUACACAUUGCUCAUCAGUAUUGCUUGAUCAUAUUGAUUUGAGGUGGCUCCUGCAUCAUGUAUUGGCCAUUCUGAGCCAGGUUCCAGAUUUCUGGUGUAAGUUAUGCCCCUGUUUCAGCUAAAGUUUUGUCUUUUAACUAGUGUUAGGCAAAUAGUCUUCAAAUAACAGAGUAUGCUGUCAUUAGACAACUCUUGUUGCUUUUAUAUCUUGCUAUCUAUCUGCCAGGGAAAGAGUGGGUUAAGUUUGAAAUCCUGCUUUCUAUGUGAAGUUGGAAGUGCACUAAGGUUUUUUAUGCCCUUGGGCAUAUAGCGAUUGAACUGCCCGUUUGUCUUUACAUAUAAACCGAAGAGCCUACAGCCCGCAUUUAUGACCUGAUUUAGUUAAUACUCGCACUGAACAAUCCUUGUGGAAUGAUUUACAAACUGACCAUUAUAUAAAUGACCUUGACCCUCAUAUGUCCUUCACCUUUAAACUUAAACCUUAACAACAUUUUUGGUACUACAGCCCACAUAAAUACCCAAUUUUGUUCAUUCUCGCACUCGACUAUCUAUGUGGCAAGACCUACAAACUGACCUAUAUAUAUAGAUGAACUUGACCGUUGUAUUUUUUUCCCCUGAAAAAAACUACAUCUUUGGUCAUACACCCAGGCAUAUGAUUCUGAGGCUACCAUUGUUGGAUGCAUUAUAUCAUUGGUCAGUCUAAUAAUGUGAGAGUUAAGACUGUAAUGUUUAUUUCAUAAAGUAUGUAGAGAAGCUUAUUAGCCCACCAUCUGAUGAUGGUGGGCUAUUCAAAUCACUCUGCGUCCGUGGUCCGUCGUCAGUCCGUCCAUUAACAAUUUCUCGUUAUCGCAUCUCCUCGGAAACUACUAAGGGGAAUUUUGACCAAACUUUGUCAGAAUGAUGUAUUGGUACCCAAGUUGUGUCCUGCUGAAAAUCAGACUGGUUCAACAAUUUUUGAGUGAGUUAUGGCCCUUUGUAUUAUUUUAUAAUUUAUAUAGGGAAAAACUUUGAAAAUCUUGUCCAAAACCACAGGGCCUAGGGCUUUGAUAUUUGAUAUGUAGCAUCAUCUAGUGGUCCUCUACCAAGAUUGCUCAAAUUAUUUCCCUGGGUUCAAAUAUGGCCCCAGGGGUCACAUGGUUCAUAUAGACUAAUAUUGGGAAAAACGUAAAAUCUUGUCCAUAACCUACAACAUUCAAAUUUGGACCACAUGUAUAGUUUUGAGUGGCAAGAUGAACCUUUAAACAACUUUGUGUCAUGAAUUGCCUUAUGGAUCUUCAUUAAAUUUGGUCUGUAGCAUCAUUAUAAGGUCCUCUCUCAAACCCUUUGUGUCAUGAAUUGCCUUAUGGAUCUUCAUUAAAUUUGGUCUGUAGCAUCAUUAUAAGGUCCUCUCUCAAACCCUUUGUUCCAACAGGGUCACUUGACUCCUUCUAGAUGCCAGUUGCACUAUAACAGAAAUACAUUUAAACAACUUCUUCUUAUCAUGAACUACAUGAUGGCUCUUCAUCAGAAUUGGUCUGUAGCAUCAUUUUAAAGUCAUCUGCCAAAUUUGAGGAAAUAGGGGAACUAUACCCCUUCUAGAUGCCAGAUGCACAAGAAACAGAAAUACCCUUAAACAACUUCUGCUCAUGACCCACUUGAUAGAUCUUCGUCAAACUUAGGAUGAAGCAUCAUUUUAGGGUUCGCUACAUUUUUUUUUCAAAGGGGUCGAUAAAGCUAAAAAUAGAAAUACCUUCAAAACAUCUUCUCAUGAAACAUUUGAUGGAUCUUCAUCAAACUUGGUCUGUAGCCUUUUUAAAAAAGUCCUCUUUUCAAAUGGAGGCCCUAGAGUUAAAUAUAGAAUUAUUUUAGAAGGGUUUUUUCUCUUGAACUGCUUAGUGGAUCUUCAUAAAAUUUUAUUUUUCAUACUCGUAGUAUCCUUGUAUGGUCCACUGGCACCAGAUCAGAAAGAAAAUGCCUCCGUACGUGUUAUACCCUACCCCUAGGUAUUCUAUAAGAACCAUGGUCAUGAACGGGAAAAUAUACUAACCCAUUCCAAUCGCGUAUUUCAUACCUAAAACACGCAGUUCAGUAAAUGUGUACUAUUGAUAUUAAACAAGCGAUAAUUUAUCUUCCAUCGUGCACCAGUCACAUUGUCCCAAUAUUCCAUAUUGCAGAGAUGCUCCAUAUAUUUCAUGCUUUAGUCAACGUUACAGAAAAAACUUGCGUGAACUCCCCUAAUGAACAUCCGGUCUAGAGGUCAUGGCAGUGUGCACAUGUUAAGCGAAAUGUAAACAAACAAAAACAGAAUGCAAUAUAUUUACAGUUUUACGAUAAGACUCGAAAUGAUGAAUGAAAUUCAUCUUGUAUAUGAUUUUGAAUUUGAAAUCAUACAUUGGUAUACAUCUAUUCUGUUUGUUUAAUUCAUUUUGCACAUUUAUGCUGCAUAUGAACAUUUUAGCGUACACGUGUAGUAAAAUGACGACUGACAUACAUUUCCACAUCAGCCAAUCAGAGUGUGUCUGUAAUCUAGACCGGAACUUCACCAGGGAAGUUCAAGCAAGUUUUUUGUGUACCUUUGAAAAAACUGUAAACUACACAUUGUUUUUCGAAGAUAAGAAGUAUUGAAGAAAUGUGACCGGUACACAACGGAAGAUAAAUUACCACUUGUUUGAUAUCAAUAGUACACAUUUACCGCACUGCGUGUUUUAGGUAUGAAAUACGCGAUUGAAAUGGGUUAGUAUAUUUUCCCGUUCACGACCAUGGUUCUUAUAGAAUACCUAGGGGUAGGGUAUAACACGUACGGAGGCAUUUUCUUUCUGAUCUGGUGCCAGUGGUAUGGUCGCCAAUCUUUUUUUUUUCAGAUGAGGACACUUGACCUGUUUUAUGUUUUUUGUAAUACUAAACACAAUAGUUACCAUUCAUGAUUCAGUGUGAUGAACAUAUAUUCAAAGUCAAAUGAUCAACUUAGGGCCACUAUUUCAUUCUUGUUUUUAGCUCACCUGAGCACGAAGUGCUCAAAGGUGAGCUUUAGUGAUCGCCCUGUGUCCGUCGUCCGUCAUCGUCCGUCCGUCCAUCCGUCGUCAACAUUUUGACUGUUAACACUCUAGAGGUCACAUUUUUGGCCCAAUCUUAAUGAAACUUGGUCAGAAUGUUACCCUCAAUAAAAUCUUGGACGAGUUCGAUAUUGGGUCAUCUGGGAUCAAAAACUAGGUCACCAGGUCAAAUCAAAGGAAAAGCUUGUUUACACUCUAAAGGUCACAAUUUUGGCCCAAUCUUAAUGAAACUUGGUCAGAAUGUUACCCUCAAUAAAAUCUUGGACGAGUUUGAUAUUGGGUCAUCUGGGGUCAAAAACUAGGUCACCAGGUCAAAUCAAAGGAAAAGCUUGUUAACACUGUAGAGGUCACAUUUUUGGACCAAUCUUAAUGAAACUUGGUCAGAAUGUUACCCUCAAUAAAAUCUUGGACGAGUUUGAUAUUGGGUCAUAUCAAAGGAAAAGCUUGUUAACACUCUAGAGGUCACAAAUUUGGCCCAAUCUUAAUGAAACUUGAUCAGAUUGUUAUCCUCAAUAAAGUCUUGGACGAUUUCGAUAUUGGGUCAUCUUGGGUCAAAAACUAGGUCACCAGGUCAAAUCAAAGGAAAAGCUUGUUAACACUGUAGAGGCCGCAUUUAUGACUGUAUCUUCAUGAAACUUGGUCAGAAUGUUAAUAUUGAUGAUCUUAAGGUCCAUUUUGAAUCUGGGUCAUGUAGGGUCAAAAACUAGGUCACCAGGUCAAAUCAAAGGAAAUGCUAGUUUACACUGUAGAGGCCACAUUUAUGACCUUAUCUUAAUGAAACUUGGUGAGAAUGUUAAUCUUGAUGAUCUUUAAGUCAAGUUUAAAUCUGGGUCAGGUGGGAUCAAAAACUAGGUUACUAGGUCAAAUCAAAGGAAAACCUUGUUAACACUCUAGAGGCCAUAUUUACGACUGUAUCUUCAUGAAACUUAGUCAGAAUGUUAAACUUGAUGAUCUUUAGGACAAGUUCGAAUCUGGGUCAUGUCGGGUCAAAAACUAGGUCACCAGGUCAAAUCAAAGGAAAAGCUAGUUAACACUUUAGAGGCCACAUUUAUGACCAUAUCUUAAUGAAACUUGGUCAGAAUGUUAGUCUUGAUGAUCUUUAGGUCAAGUUUAAAUCUGGGUCAGGUGGGGUCAAAAACUAGGUCACUAGGUCAUAUCAAAGGAAAACCUUGUUAACACUCUAGAGGUCACAUUUAUGACUGUUUCUUCGUGAAACUUAGUCAGAAUGUUAAACUUGAUGAUCUUUAAGUUCGAAUCUGGGUCAUGUCGGGUCAAAAACUAGGUCACGGGAUCAAAUCAAAGGAAUAGCUAGUUAAUACUUUAGAGGCCACAUUAAUUUAUGACCCUAUCUUAAUGAAACUUGGUCAGAAUGUUAAUCUUAAUGAUCUUUAGGUCAAUAGGUCAGGUGAGCGAUACAGGGCCUUCAUGGCCCUCUUGUUUUUAAUGUUCCAUUCAUUUCUUUCUUAAAAUUGUUGAUUAUGUUCCAGAUAGAUGCUACCUGACAAGUGUAGUAAUGCAUGUAACUUUGUUAGAAUUAUAUUAUUAUUUCUGUUGAUGUAAAUAAUGUUUGUAUAUAAGUGGUUUGUAAAGUUGCAAGUGAUUGCAAUAAAUAUAUUAAUAAGUC